CUUGUUUAUUGAAAAGUUUUAAAGUUUGCAGAUGAUCGCUUCAUUAAUUUCGUCUUGUGUUUUCUAUUUCAGUAUAUACACUGAAAUUACAAAAUAUAACACGUAAAGAUGGAUUGUACAGUGAUAUCUUUGUUACUUACAUACUUGUAUCUGCCUACAGUUGCAAGUGAAGUAAUUAGUUGUGAUAGUGGACAAUGGGGCAUCAACUGCACGAGCACCUGUCCAGAUUACUGCUCACCCUAUGAUUGCGACAAGAAAACUGGUUUUUGUUACGGAUGUAUGACCGGUUUCCAUGGAAAAUAUUGUGAUAUACCAUGCCCUUUAAAGUGUAUCAAAUGUGACCAAUACACUGGAGAAUGUGACACAUCAUGUUCCAUUAACUGUAACGGUUGUACUACGUCCACCCGUACAUGUUCGUCUUGUAAACAUGGCUGGUAUGGAAAAGCGUGUGAACAGCCUUGCAUUUUAGGACCAGGGUGUGCAAGAAGCGUCUGUUCGAAGUCAAAUGGCGAUUGUCCUGUUUGUCACAAUGGAUGGUGCGGACCGAAUUGCAAACAUCGAUGCCAGAAGAACUGUUUUGGCGCAUGUUCUAAAAGGUCUUGCAAUUGUAUUCGCUGUGUUUCAGGAAGGUGGAGUAGAUAUUGUCAUAGGAAAUGUACAGGAACAUGCGAAAUGUGUGAUAAAUCUGUCGGGAAAUGUUUGCUUUGCCCGGACAAAUAUUGGGGGCCUACCUGCUCUAGCCUCUGUAGCUCAAACAAUUGCGAAAGGUGUGAUGUAAAUACAGGAAUUUGCAAAAAGUGUAACGCAGGCUACUGGGGUCCAGACUGUGAGAGACAUUGUAACAACUGUAUUGACAAAACAUGUGAUAUUUCGUCAGGCUUGUGUGAAAACUGUCAGGAAGGAUAUGCAGGCGAAUACUGCAACAUAAGCUGUGAAACAUCUAGGUGUUCAAAUUGGUAUUGUAACAGAAGACAAGGGUUCGCUUGUUCAUCUUGUAAAAAGGGCUAUUGGGGUACAUUUUGUGAAAAUAAAUGUUCUGGAGAAAAUUGCGGACAGUGCAGUAAAGAUCGGGGGAUUUGCAUGGCGUGUACCGCCGGAUAUUGGGGUCAUUCCUGCGAGAAGAAAUGUCCAAUGAACUGCAGACUAAGCUGCAUCAAAAGGUCAGGUGCCUGUAAUUAUGUAUGUGAUUCUCAGUGCAUUACGGAUACUUUUUGUAAAGCAGGGUAUUGGGGAGCUUGGUGUGAAAAAAAAUGUUUUGAAGAAAAUUGCGAGAAUUGUGAUGUUUGGCCUAACUAUGGGCUAUGCACAAAAUGUAAGCCUGGGUUUUGGGGACCCGACUGCCGGAAUAAAUGCUCUCCUGAUAAAUGUAUGGAAUGUAACAUAGAUGAUGGCCACUGUACACUGUGCAAUGACGGAUUUUGGGGGGAAAACUGCAGUUUACUGUGCCAUGGUGAAUGUCGUUGUUGUGACGCUAUUUUUGGCAAUUGUGUUCCAGACAAAUGCUCGGGUAUUACUGUAACACCAAAUGCAGCAAUAGGUGAAAUCUCAGAAAAUAACACUUUGCCGAUUGUUGGCAUUGUACUGAUGAUUUGUUCAAUCGCCAACUUGUUUGUUUCCUUUAUGAGAAGUCGCAGAAGGCGAAGGUCAACUAAAACUACUGCACAUCAUAAGAAUAUCAAAGAUGCUACAGUGUCAUACAGAGUGAACAAGGAACGGGAAAUGACUAAAAAGGAAGGCCAGUACACGAAUGAGACGUACAACGAAAUAAACAUUGACAGCAGACCAGAAACUAAGUAUCAGAACAUGAAUUUAUUUUAUUAAACAUGAACGACUCUGAAGAUGUUGAAAACCGAUUAAAAUGUGUGGAACACUUCGGAAAUAUCUAGACUUUGAAAUUAUGCUAAGAUACUGUUAUAUCUGCCUACAUGCACUUACCAUACUAUAUGUAUUAUAAUGUGACUGUAUAUUUGAUAAAAAUGGCCAAAUUUUAUUGCAAUGCAAAUUUAAUCAUUUUAUGAAAUAAAUAUGUCACGAGUGACAGUGGCCACGGCUGAGAUAAGAUAACUUUCAUACCAUGGGAUAAAUACUGUAUAUUUAGGGAAAAUGUAAAUAAUGUGUUUAUCCUAUACUUUUCUCUUUUUGACGUUGUGAUUCGAUAGACUUUCAUUACAUUGUGUGUACUUGCAGAAGAAAAGAAGAAAGUAGUCCCAGUUUCACUGCAGUGAAAAAAUAUUUGUUUACAGUAAAAAUACGGAUAAAUAAAAAUUGCUUUUUGUAUAUUAAUCAGUGUUUCUCGAUAUUUCAUUUUUAAAUAUAUUAUUUAUCUUAUUAUUAGCAGACCGGAAUCUAAGUAUGAGAACAUGAAUGACUCUGAAGAUGUUGAAAACUGAUUAAAACGUGUGUAACACUUUAGAAACUUAGAUUAUGGAAACAUACCGGGGAAACUGUAUGCACUUACUAUACUAUCAUAAUGUAACCGUUUAUUUUAUCAAAGUAGAAACAUUAUAUGUAAAUGUAAAUUUAAAUAGAUUAUCGGAUAAUUUUCCACUAUAAACAUUAUGAAGUCUAAAUAUUAUAAUGCGCAUAGCAUAAGGCAGAAUAAAUUAGCGAAACGUGCACUUGAACCAUUACCAUGUUUGUUUGUUUGUUAAAUAUGUAAAUCUUAUAUUUCAUAUGAUUCAUAAUAUUAAGAAGUUCGUCACGAAUGAAAUAUUGCGUUAAAAUACUAGAACGUUUUAGAUCGCUGCAUAAAGAAUCCAAAUAUAACUUAUACGAUGGGUAACGCCUAUAUUUGUAAACUACAUGGAAAAUGUUAGCAUAAAUACAGGAUAUUCAAGUUUUAUAGUAACAGGAUAUUCAUUACAUCGAGUGGUAUAAACAUAAACAUGUCACGAGUGACAGUGGCCACAAGUUAUAUAGGAAAAAUGAAUGUUUUGUGGGUUGCGUUCAUUGAAUGCCGCCUUUCCUUGUUGAUCUUGUGUUUAUUAUUCUUAUCUCUUUUUUACCUUGUGAUUCGAAAGACUUUUCCUUUAAUUUUGUGUAUUGUCUGAUUUAAGGUAAACCACCCCGAACGCAUUACCUCUACUUUGAAAAGUUUUCAAAUAGGCUAUAAUUUUGCAAGAUCAACCAACAUACUUUAAAGUACUAUAAAAUAAGGCAAAUUUUGAAAAAGCCCCUGAUUGUGGUAAAUUUCUGGGAUAUUUUGAAUAAGGUUUUUGACAUAUGGAAAUGGUCAAAUAAAUGCUUUAGUGAGUAGGGUAGGGUAACAUUUUUAAACAUAUUAAAACAUUUUGUUUAGAAACAAUCAUUUUGCUCGUGUAAUUUGUUACCUCAAUGUUAUUAUUUGUUUCUAAAGAAUGAGCAAUAGGAAAAAGAUACUCGGCCGAAGUAUAUCUGUUUGACAUGCUUGAAUAACAAUGACAUGAUAAUGUUUUCUUGUAUCUAUAAAGAAAAUACCCAUUUUGUAAACAUUGAAAUUAAAUUAUAACAUAUUUAUAUUGAAAAUUUUUCAAAGAAGAACAACUUCUAUUUAAGUUGUCCCUUUUAUUGUUUUAAGUUUGACUUUAUAGAUUUUGUAAUCAUCUACAAAUUAAUCUAAAAAAUAAAAAAAAAAACAUUAUCCUCAGUCAUGUAUAUUUUGUUUUAGAACUAUCCUCUACAUUUUAUUUGAUAGUCGCGAAACUAUUUCUUACAUUUCAUCAUAGAGCCAUCUUAAAAAAAUAUUUUAGAAUGGUUAGAGCUAUGCUUUACAUUUUAUUUUAGAACGGUUAGAACUGUCCUUUACAUUUUAUUUUGGAAGGACCAAUGAGAUUCACCGAUUUUACAAGAGGUCAAACUGAUAACAGACUGACUUCGUCCGAAAAAGUGCCCUAUAAUAGCAGUUUUAGUUCAGAAAAAUGUCCAUAGCUCUCAAAUGACUUGAUAAAUUUUAUUUAAAUUUUGCAUACAUGUGACUUUAAAGGAAUAUAACUGUCCUAUAUUGUCAAUUUUGCAGUUCCUUAUAGUUCCCAUUAGGGGUGGUCUGCCUUAAGAAAUGUUUCACUGCAGUAAAAUAUAUUACAGUGACAAUACGGAAAAUGAAAAUAUGCAUUUUAUAUAAUCACUUAUUUCUUAUAUACAUAUAUUUUAAAUGUAAUUACUUAUAUUUAGCAUUUCUACAAGUUCUAUGGAUUUGAUAAAUUUAUUUCUUGAUGUAAAAUAUAUACAUGACUGAUCAUAAUAUAUUCAUAAGGCAUUUAUACGGAAAACUUGUUUAACGAGGGAAGUCAAUUAAAUAUACGAACUCUA